AUGGCGUCCCGAUCCCCCACGGCGGUCACUCCCCUACCAAAAUCAUCCGUCGCGCCCGAGACUCCGAUGGUCAAGGACGCCCCCGCAACCCCCCAGGCCGUUCCUUUUCCUUCUCCACAGACAUUCGACAUAGUCCCGCCGUUGCAUGGCCUCCUUUCGCGUCUUCUAUCGCCGCCAACGAACGCUGCUGGAGUCUCCAAUGGCGUGAGAGCGGCCGAUGACCCUACCGGCGCUGCUGCUCCUACCGGUCCGCCUUCAGGCACCCCUGGCCAACCUCAAUCGCAGCAACAAGCCGGGUCCGAGAACACCAACAAUGCUGGAGUCCUGGGGACAGUGACUUCAGCUGGUCCAGGCGGUGCAGAAAUAUCCGGCUUGGGCUCGAGUACCUCUCCAGCGCUCGAUAUCAAGGACCUUCCGACAGAGGUCAGCUCGAUCAAGAUUCGGAUUCAGAAGGCACAGGCCGUGGUGGAAAACUUACCAGACGUUGAUCGGUCGGUUGCUGAUCAGGAAGAAGAAAUCCAGGAGCUGGAGGACCGAAUUGCAAAGCUCAAAUCGGUCAUCUCCGACUUUGGCCAGAUGGCAAGCUCAGGAGGUGCUAGGAAGCACAAGUCCCAGGGACCUUGA